UUCGAUGUGACGCACGCGCAUCCUAAGAUCAUUGAGUGACUUUUAAAUCGUGACUGAUAAUGUAAAUCCCAGAGUCUGAGGUUCUUUGGUAGUUUAACUAUAAAUUAUUGGUAAAUUAACUUAAAUUCUUUACUUGCUUAAGGUACUUAUCCAAUUCUGUUACGUAACGGGUAAAUACUUCCUUCAACUACAACGUCGAUGAAGUCGAAAGUGAAAUCAAAGUGAAGUGAAAUUACACAGUGCUCAAAAAUGGUAAUGGAGUCGGUACAGCAAACCGGUCGGUUCUGGCCUCUCUCCCCUCGGCUAUGGAGGCGAAGCAACGAGUAUUCCAAAGUGGUUUUCGAGCCCCGAAGACCCCCUCUAUCCCCUAUCGAGGUCCGCAAACACGAAAGGGAUAUGACGCCAGAUUUGCUCAAGCGCAGCGUCAUAAAAGAUAGACUGGAUCACUUAAAUUUGGAAGGGAUCUACGAAUUCGAGAAACAAAAUCGAUGGAGUGUGGAUUCCAAGAAACCCCCGAUCAAAGAGAAAAAAAGUGAGGAGGUGGUUAAAUUGAGGGUUAAAAAGCAGAGGCAGCCGAGGCCGAACAGCCUCCAGUUGCUGUUAUGUCCCUCCAAUUCAGGGCACUAUAGCAGUAACACUUGGAGGUAUACCAGAGUCCGAUCCAAGAGCCAUGAGCCGGAGGGCGGCGGGCGGUGCGGGGAGGGGCCGCUAGCGCGCGCCAUGCAGCCCGCGCCGCCGGGCGGCUCGCCCAAGAGACACCCGGCCGCUGCCAGCGCUGCACAUGGCACACCAGCGGGCGACCAGUCCACCCUGAAGGUGCACCUGCCCAAUGGCGGGUUCAACGUGGUCAGAGCGUCGGCUGAUGAAGACGUCAGGUCGGUGCUCCGGCUGCUGGCAGCGCGGCUGGCUUCGGGCGACCGAGUCUACACGUCCUGUUACGCGUUGAGGGCCAGAAGACUUACCACGGGAAAAAUAAGAUGGAUCCACCAAGACACGCCGGUGUCGGAGCUGCUCACAAAAUGGCCGGCGAGCGAGUGGCGCCUAGAACUGCGCGUGCGCUACUUGCCGGCCAACCUGCGAGCGCUGUGCGACGCAGACCGCGUCACGUUCCACUAUUACUACGACCAGGUUCGACAUGACUACCUCAACGCCAACCAUCCUAUGGUAGACCAGGAUUUGGCGAUACAAAUAUGUUGUUUAGAGAUUAAGUACUUCUGCAAAGACAUGCAGAUCUCGUUGGACAAGAAGUUCAACGUGGAGUACCUCGAGAAGGAGUUUGGACUACACAAGUUCCUGCCUAAGUCCGUGCUCGACGCCAUCAAGCCCAAAGUGCUGAAGAAAGCGAUCCAGCAGCAGUUCAAAAAGGUGGCAAACAUGAGCGACAACGAAUGCAUGCUCAAGUAUUUGGAGACGAUGCACACGCAUUACGGCUACGACCGGGAGACUUUCACGGGCGCCCUAGGGACUGGCUGGGCGAUACCUGUCGAACUGGCCAUCGGGCCUGAUAUCGACAUAUCGUACGUGUCGCACAAAGCGGGCGAGCCUCCAACGUAUACCAAGAUAGCAUCGUUCAGCGAUAUAGUCGCAGUGCAGACACUCAAGUCGGCUUGCACGCAGCAGUCGCAGCAAACACAGACGCAGAGCGGGUCUUCUUGUGGCAAGGCAGCGUUACAGUUAAGGGUGAAAGGGGCGACGGAGACUUUGACAAUAACGUGCAGCAGUGUUGAGGCUGCAGAAAGCUUGGCGGAUUUAGUAGACGGAUACUGUAGACUAGUCACAGACUCGCAGACGUCAUUAUGGAACAGAACUACUACUGUAUGGAAAUCGUUCAACUGUCAAUGCAAAAGUAAGUUAUGA